UCAACACCUACAGCCACAAUCUUGUUUAAAGGUACUGUCAUCGGAGAUCCACUUGCUCCCAAGGUUGCUUCCUUCUCAUCAAGAGGACCAAGCAUUAAAAGCCCUGGAAUUUUGAAGCCUGACAUCAUUGGUCCCGGUGUUAGCAUCCUAGCUGCAUGGCCUGUUUCUGUGGACAAUGGAACAGAAGGCAAGGCAACAUUUAACAUGAUUUCAGGUACCUCAAUGUCAUGCCCUCACUUAAGUGGCAUUGCAGCCUUGCUCAAAAGCUCCCACCCUGACUGGUCACCAGCUGCCAUUAAGUCAGCAAUCAUGACAACCGCUGAAGUAGAAAACCUCGCAGGCUCUGCCAUUGUUGACCAAACACUUUUUCCAGCAGAUAUCUUUGCCCUUGGUGCAGGCCAUGUUAACCCUUCAAAAGCAAAUGACCCAGGGCUCAUCUACGACAUACAACCAGAGGAUUACAUUCCUUACUUGUGUGGUUUGAAUUACACAGACGAGCAGAUACAGGUCAUCACCCAACAAACAGUGAACUGCUCUCAAGUAGGAGCCGUACCAGAAGCACAGCUAAAUUAUCCUACAUUUUCUAUCAAAACCGGGUCCUCAGAGACUCGGACUCAGUAUUACACAAGAACGGUGACAAAUGUUGGCCCAGCUAAUUCAACUUACAACUUGGCUCUUGUAGUACCACCUAAAGUGGGCAUGAGUGUAAAUCCUCAGGUGCUCACAUUCACAGAGGUUAACCAGAAAAUUACCUACCAUGUCGAGUUCAACGCACACGACGAUGCUGGGAAGGACGGUGUCCCAUUUGCUGAGGGAUAUUUGAGAUGGGUUUCUGAUAAGCAUUCUGUUACCACCCGAAUAGUUGCUACCUUCAGCACUCAAUGAACUUAAACUUGGGCCCAGAAGAAAAUAUCACAAGCUUGCAGAGAAUAACAGAAGAAAUUGAAACCCAAAAUAAGUACUACUCCAUUGGUGCCAUUCUAGUCUUCAAGAUUUGAUCUUUAACUUGCAAUCCCCUCCAUACCAAUGUCUCUCUGUGUGUGUAGGAUUCUGAUUGUGAUUGUGAGGCCAACCAUUUCUUACAUAAUGUUUCAACCAAAAAGAAAA